AUGAGGACGCCUACUUUUAUACUGACUUCAUACAUAGUCAGCGCAUGUGGAACAGUUGAUAUUGCUUUACAAGAAACAACAUUAGAUGCCGAAAUAAAAACUAUUUACCAGGUUUGCGGCGGGAGCUGGGGAGGAACAAAAGUAAAUGAAAGUUUUAUCAAAUUCCUAGAUCAAUUAAUCGGAUCGGAAAAUAUGAAACAUAUUAAAAACGAAAGUAGGUCGGACUACCUGGAAUUUUUACGCGGAUUUGAGUUGAAGAAGAGAAAGUUCAACAUUGAUUCGAAAAACAGAGUUGUACUGGUGAUUCCUCUAUCUUUUGUGGAAGUUUUGUUAGAAAAAAGCGGAGAAAAUUUCGAAAAAAUAGUCAAUUCAUCAAAAUACAAGGGUGCUUUGUCAUAUAUUGGAGAAAAGCUCAGUUUCGACCAUUCCCUCUUUACAUCUUUUUUUGAGAGUUCGCUGAAUGAUAUAAUUUCUCACAUUAAAAUUAUUUUCAAUGCAGACAUUUGCCGUGAUUUAGAUGGGGUUGUGAUAGUUGGUGGAUUUGCCGAAAGUAUGUUUGUAAAUUCUGCUGUUAAAAAGGCUUUCCCAGACAAAAAGUUUAUCAUUCCAAUGGAAGCAGGAUUGGCCGUUGCCAAGGGAGCAGUUCUCUAUGGACACGAUCCUGGCAUCAUCUGUUCCCGAACAUGUCGUUAUACGUACGGAAAAAGUAUUUGUACUCCUUUCGACUCUACUUUACAUGCAGGAAAAAAGUCAGUAUUAAUAAAAGGAAAACGUUAUUGUCCUGGGACCUUUAAAAAAUUUUUUACUAUUGGUCAACAAGUCUCGAUUGGUGAAUAUGUAGAAAUGGAAUCAAACUUUACGUUUGCCGAUAAAGGAAGAAUGAUUGGGCGCUAUGAACCUCUCUAUUUAUCAGUCUAUAUUUCUGGAGAAAAAUCGCCUUUGAGUGUUGAUGAAGAAGGUUGUAUUUUGCUAGGAAAAGUUAAAAUAGAAAGUGAACAUGGUAUGUGGCCUGAGAAAGUUUUCGUCAAAACAAAAAUGGAAAUUGCAGGAACAGAAAUAAAGGUGACAGCCACUAUGCAUACUGGUGAGCAAGUCACUGCAAUGUUUGACUUCCUGUAAUAAUGAAAGCUUACCAACACUUUCAACAUUGCUUCUGGGAUAAACUUUGAGAAUAACAAUAUCUAUAUGUUUUAUUUUUAUCCAUUUCUAUAUUAUCAUUUCUUUUAACAUGAAAAAAGUAAAAAAUAAAGAGAGAUAGAAGGUCAGUAUUUGAAACUCGUUCGAAAACUAGCCGGAUAGCUAGUCUUUUAAAGUAUUGUAUUUAAACCCCCUUUCACAAUUGGCGCACGACCACUUUACACCACUUUGCAAUCGAUUUUUUUUUAUCUUCGCACGAGUUGCACGA